AUGGAGCCUCCUCCUCCACCAGACCAUUUUGGUCCGGUAGACCCUCACACACACCCUAUGGACGGGGUGGUCGAUGAUGGGUAUGAGCCUCCAGUCGAGUACGAAGAGCGCAGACCUAGCGUCCAUCAGCGCAUAUCUGAAAUGUCUCUGCAUGACAAUUUCCAGGAGCUCCAUCCACGAGUCGAGCACCAGAGAGGGUUCGUCACCCCAGCAAUAACGCAGGACUAUUUAUAUUACCGCUUCAACAAAAAUGGCGAAGAUUGGAGCUCUGCCAUCAAGACCACCAUCUCUGCGCCCAUUGAGCAAAUUGAGAAAAAAGCAAGGAAAGGCAAAGGCGACGGCAUAGCCUUGGAACAGUUGAUUCGCAUGUCCCAAUUCCGGCGAGACCAGAUUGAAGAAGCUGUACGCAAAGCCAAUGCUCAUGAGGCUGGUGAGGCUCACUGGGAGGUCGCUUAUAUCAAGUCCAAGAAGGUGCUCAAAAGAAACCAUACUAUCGUUGUUCCGGAAAUGGACGUCAUCCUAGCAAGGACGAAGAAACCCAGAGCACGUGCUAGGCCUAUCAGCGGAGAAGUCGUGAAUGUCAUCAAUCAAGGCAAACAAGCUAGUGACAAGGCUGCGAAAUAUAGCGAGGAUGGCUAUAAUCGCCCACGAAAGGAUGCGGGAUUGGCCCUGUUAGUCGACCCAAUCGCUAACCUGCCACUUUUUGACCUGGACGGCACGCCGCGGGACGAGCUUGGUCCGAUCCAUUUCAAUAAUGCUGGCCUCCCACCUCAGAUCCCCAGAGAGAAGCCACUCGGAGCGAAGCUUGAGCGCAUGGAAGAAGAUAAAGGGGGGAAACGCGACAAAAGCCAAAAACGCAGCAAAUCACGCGACAAGAGUCAUUCUCACGAGGAUGGUAUCUUCGCGGUGGGCGCCGGCGGCGAGUUUGGUGAUGGCUUGGAUCCUCCUCCCGCCGAGGUAAUGUUUGGCGAAGUUGCACCCGACAAACGAGGCCGGAGAGGAAAGUCUCCCCACGAGCAUCCGGAAGUUGUCGGCGGGGAUGCUUCCAGGUCUUACUCUCGACGGCGAGCACAGGCUGAAGCCCGUGGUCAGUCGCGCGAAAAGUCUCGCUCCCGUAGAGGAUCAGUGCAUUUUCCACAUCCGCACACACAACAAUUCUUUGAUGUUGCCAGCUCAUCGUCGGAAGCCAGCGAAUCUAGUCACUAUGGAUUUGACUAUGCAGAGAGCUCAAAUACCUCAAUCGGCAGUCCGGGAGGGGUCCCUCGUCGAGGAAGUUUGGUUCGUCCACAAGCGCACCCAGACACAGUCUACAAGAAACACCAUCGAGGACCCACUCGCUCCAUGUCAUAUGCAGACAAACCGUACCAUGGUGAACAGCACAUCAUCACCCCUGCGCGGUCUCACCGGAAUUCCUAUAUUCUGUAUGAGCGGCCAAUCGAAGGAGCCAGAUACGAACGCCCACCACGACCCGUGAGACAGAUGACGAUGCCGAUUCUCGAGGGAAGACAAAUCGUGUAUCCUGAUCCGCCCCAACCAGCUCGAUCUCAGGAAGUCGUGGCCGUGCAUCGCGUGAGUGAUGUCCCCCUUACUCGCUAUGUCUCCGCCGAGUCUGGCUUGCCUAUCCUGCACUACCCAGACGAGGACGGCGACUUCUACUUUCGCGAUGACAUCGACAGGCAGAGUUCGAGGGUCGAAGACUAUCAACGAGAGAGGGUCAGAGAAGACUUUCUCAAGCAACGUGAACAGGAAGUUCAUGCUAGGGAACGAGAACUGGCCUUUCGAGAAGAAGAAUUGCAAAGAUUGAGGCGGCAACCAGAAAAAGAGUACUACGACGACAGAGUGAGAAGAGAGAGGAGGGGUUCACGUACGUUCUACUACUAA